ACUGUCAAGGCAACAGCAGAGAUUUGAUUUCAUGGGGCGAAAAAAGAAGCUCCCAAAGUUUGCGAAGGAGUGAAAUAUGUGUGAAAAUGGCAAGAAAGUGACCGGUCCGACAGCUGUGCCGUAAAUCAAUGGUUUAAAACGGGAUUAUUCACCACCAGUCUUCAAUUUCGCUGUUUUAAAAAUGGAAGAAGAAGAUGAAGGUCUUUGCCUGUAUCCUGCUAUUGGGAGUGACAUUCGUUCUCGCCUGCAGCAGUUUGUGGAGGAGAGGAUGCAGACCACUAUGCUGACGGGUGUAUUGAUUGGGGCUGUGGUGGCUGUGUGUCUGAUAGGAAUCGCCGUGCUGCUCCUCUACCGCAGAUAUAAGCAUGCAAGUCAGGAGGCUGGGGUUCCUCGCUAUCGCUUCAGAAAAAGAGAUAAAGUGCUCUUUUACGGCAGGAAAAUCAUGAGAAAGGUCCAGACCUUGUCCUCAACACCAACCUCCACUUUGGUGUCUAAGCAGCGCUCUCGGAAAAGACCUAAAGUUCUAAGUAUAGCUCGCAGGAUCUUGCGGAUCAGGAAAGAGCCGCCAACUUUGCAGCCUAAGGAACCCCCUCCCUCUCUCCUGGAGGCAGAUCUCACUGAGUUUGACGUGCAGAACUCAAACCUACCCUCAGAAGUGCUGUACAUGCUCAAGAACGUCAGGGUCCUUGGUCAUUUUGAGAAGCCCUUGUUUUUGGAGCUGUGUCGGCACAUGGUGUUUGUGGAGCUGCAGGAGGGUGAGGGGCUCUUCAAACCGGGGGACGAUGAUGACAGCAUUUAUGUGGUUCAGGAUGGAAGACUGGAGCUUUGCAUUCUUGAGAUUGAUGGCACAGAGCUUGUGGUGAAGGACGUGCUGCCUGGGGACAGCGUUCACAGUCUACUCAGCAUCCUAGAUAUCAUUACGGGUUAUCCAGCUCCUUAUAAGACCGUGUCUGCUCGUGCGGCGGUCAGGUCUACAAUAUUGCGUCUGCCUGCCUCAGCUUUCCAGUCAGUGUUUGAGAAAUACCCAGAGACGCUAGUGAGGGUCAUACAGAUAAUCAUGGUGCGUCUUCAGAGAGUCACGUUCCUGGCGCUUCACAACUACCUGGGACUGACGACCGAGCUUUUCAAUCAGGAAAGACAAGCAGUGCCGCUGUUCACCGUCAACAGUGUGCUGUCUGAGGGAAGUCCCAGCAGAGUCCCACGCAGACCACACUUACAGACACAACAUGAAGACGAGCACCUGCAGGGCUCCACUGAGCACUUGACUGACUCUGAUGGGGGGCAAGCUGGUUCAUAUGAAAGCACAUCCACAGUCGCACGCAGGUUUCGCUCUGUGUCAAUGCCUGUUGAGAGCUCAGGAGUGGCAGGAAAUGACCUAAACAUGGCCUACGAAAGAGCCAGAGUCACCAUAGAUGACCCUCCAUCCACUUCUGUCAUUCACAAGUCUAUUUUGAAGAAGAGUGUGACCAUGCAGCACGCUCCUUCCGCUGUCAUUCACUACACAGACAGUGCACCACACUCUGAUGUUCCCCCUAGUAAAGUGGGUGCCAUUUUCCAAGCUGCCAAGAAGGAUCUGCUUGGGAUUGUUCCGCUGCAGGACCCCAGUUUGCUGGAGGGCAGAGUGACUCUCCAUCAAGUAAAAGCUGGCUCUGUCGUAGCUCGCCAAGGAGAUCAGGAUGUGAGUGUUCAGUUUGUGAUCUCGGGCACGUUGCAUGUAUACCAGCGGAUGAUUGACCGAGAGGAAGACACAUGUCUGUUUGUGGCUCACCCAGGAGAGCUGGUGGGUCAGUUGGCAGUACUGACAGGAGAGCCUCUUAUCUUCUCUGUUCGGGCACAUCGCGACUGCAGCUUCCUGUCCAUCUCAAAAACACACUUCUAUGAAAUCAUGCGAGCUGAGCCCACAGUGGUGCUGAAUGUGGCUCAUACAGUUGUAAGGAGGAUGUCAUCUUUCGUCAGACAGAUUGAUUUUGCCCUUGACUGGAUGGCAGUGGAGGCGGGCAGAGCUGUCUACAGGCAGGGUGAUAAGUCUGACAGUACUUUUAUAGUGCUCAGUGGCCGACUGCGUUCCGUCAUCUUGAAGGAGGAUGGGAAAAAGGAGCUGACUGGAGAGUAUGGUAGAGGAGAUCUCAUUGGAGUGGUGGAAGCUCUGACCCAUCAGAACAGAGCAACUACUGUUCAUGCUGUUCGGGACUCUGAACUGGCUAAACUACCCGAGGGCGCUCUCAGUUCUAUCAAGAGAAAAUUCCCACAGGUAGUCACAAGGCUUAUCCACCUGCUCGGGCAGAAGAUCCUCCAGCAAGUUAAUGGUCCUCUGACAGCUCGCAGUCUAGCUUUACACACACCCAGCAGUAAAUGGGACGCAGGGAAUCCAGCAUCAAACCUGUCCACCGUCGCUGUGCUCCCGGUUUCAGAGGAAGUUCCUCUCACCGCGUUUACUUUGGAACUUCAGCAUGCGCUUUUAGCUAUCGGUCCCACUCUUCUCUUAAAUAGUGGCAUCAUCAAACAACGCCUUGGUUCUGCUGCGUUAGACAGCGUACAUGAGUACAGGUUAUCGAGUUGGCUGGGUCAACAGGAAGACAUCCACCGCAUAGUUCUGUAUCAGACAGAUGUGUCACUCACCCCGUGGACUCAGCGCUGCAUCAGACAGGCCGAUUGCAUCAUCAUCGUGGGACUAGGAGAGCAGGACCCAGCCGUGGGAGAGCUGGAGCGCAUGUUAGAGGGGAGUGCGGUGAGAGCGCAGAAACAGCUGGUGUUGUUGCACCGUGAGGAUAGUCCUCCUCCCAAAGGAACUGCCGAAUGGCUGAACAUGCGAAGCUGGAUCUCCAGGCACCUUCACCUGUCCUGCCCCCGCAGGGUCUUCUCCAAGAGGAGCCUGCCAAAAUUGAGAGAGAUGUACCAGCGUGUGUUCCAGAAACCUGCUGAUCGUCACUCUGAUUUCUCUCGUCUGGCUCGAGUUCUGACCGGAAACACCAUCGCUCUGGUACUGGGAGGCGGAGGAGCCAGGGGUUGUUCUCAGGUAGGCAUCAUUCGGGCAUUGAAUGAAGCAGGAAUCCCCAUCGAUCUGGUGGGUGGCACCUCUAUUGGUUCUAUGAUGGGAGCGCUUUACGCGGAGGACCGCAGUUACAGCAGGAUGAAGAUCAGGGCCAGAGAGUGGGCAAUGGAAAUGACAUCAGUGUUUAAAAAAGUGCUGGACCUGACCUACCCUGUCACCUCCAUGUUUUCCGGAGCUUCGUUUAACUCCAGUAUUAAUGCUGUCUUCAAGGACAAACAGAUAGAGGACCUCUGGAUCCCAUAUUUCAACAUCACCACGGACAUCACCGCCUCCACCAUGAGAGUGCACACUGACGGCUCCCUGUGGAGGUAUGUGCGUUCCAGCAUGUCUCUUUCUGGUUAUCUGCCACCACUGUGCGAUCCAAAAGAUGGACACCUGCUCAUGGACGGAGGCUACAUCAAUAACCUACCAGCGGAUGUGGCUCGCUCCAUGGGUGCUAAGGUGGUUAUUGCCAUCGAUGUGGGCAGCCAAGAUGAAACCAACCUCACCAACUAUGGCGACGCCCUUUCUGGCUGGUGGCUGCUAUGGAAGCGUCUCAACCCACUGGCUGAGAAAGUCAAGGUGUUGAACAUGACUGAGAUCCAGGCCCGGCUGGCUUAUGUGUGCUCAGUGCGACAGCUCGAGUCUGUUAAGAAUAAUGAUUACUGUGAAUACAUCAGACCUCCCAUCGACAGAUACCGCACACUCGAGUUCGGCAAGUUCGAUGAGAUCAGCGAAGUUGGAUACCAGCAUGGGAAGACAGUGUUCGAUGUGUGGUGCAGGAGUGGAGUGGUGGAGAAUAUGAUGAAGGACAGACAUCAGGAAGAGUUUCACAAAACACAGAGCAACAAUGUGGUGACAUGUCCAAAUGCUUCCUUCACUGAUUUGGCUGAAAUCGUCUCACGCAUUGAGCCAGUCAAACCAGCGCUUGUGGAUGAAGAAUCAGACUACCACACAGACUAUGAAGAGGAGAUGGCGGAAAGUGCACUGUCAGACAUGGAGCUCUACAAUCAUUGUAGUGAACAUACAGAGGAGGAAUUUACCGCAGACACUGAUGAAGAGUUGGAGAGGACUCAAAGACAGCGCUUGCAUUCUCAAGGGGAAAAUCAGAGUCCGGUGCCACUCAAAACAUCCAAAACCUCCAUCCCCAACAGCCCUCUAACCGUCCACAUGAGAAAAACACCUGGCCAAAAACCCUUCCAUUCUGACCACUGACCAAGACUUCAACAUCGCAGUGCACAAACACUUACACUCCAGUGGUUUAGGGUUUAAACACAUUCCAUUCACAAUCCAGCCAUUUUGAGGCCUUCAGGAUUUUAAACAAGCCUUAUUCCAAUUCUUUCAUGCAAAACUCCAAAGAAAACAUCCACUAGUGCCUUGGCAGUUUAAGAUAAACAUGCUGGGUUACAUGGGAUGGGCCUGAAAUAAUACCUGUGCUUGACUGAGACGGACUAUCCCAAGAGUAUCUGUGAAGUUACAUGCUGACUUUGAGCUCUUUUGAUUGCCAAGGCUCAGCUUAAAUUACCAGUUAGUCAAUAGAGGAGCAAAUUCAAUGAGCUAGACAAUCUGCUUGUAUAAACAAUUAGAUUAGGUUGUGUUCACGGCUGAUUCUUUCUACUGUCAAUGAAAGUAGCAGAAAAGAGCAAAAUAAUGAUUGACUUAAGAGAUCUUAUUAUUUAUAAGCUUGUAUGAUUGCCCCGAAAGCAUUUUUUGUUUUCAAAAGAUGUCUAAUAGACGUGUUGGCUAAAGCUAGGCUAAAUUUGGGCUGUGAGUGAAAAUCUAAUAGACAUCUAAGAAUAGGCCAAAACUAGACUAGUCAUCAAAUAAACAGAAAUGAAUGACUACACAUAAAGCAUGUCUAAUCUGUCUAUUUGACCACUUUUCUAUUCUUAGAUGUCUAUUAGAUUUUUACUGACAGCCCAAGUUUACCCUUGUUUUAGCCAAGCUGUCUACGUUUAGAUGUCUAUUAGACGUCUAUUAAACACAAAAUUGUUUGCUGUGUGAUGUUGGCUAUUUUAGUUUCUUUUAAAUCUCUCGGAAACCAUUUGACAAAUUGAUUUGAGAUUUUCCUGAUCUAGUGAAUGAUCGAGUGAAUGAUUUAAACUAACCAACGUCAUAUAUCAAACCAAAUAUGUUGUUUAAGUUAAUAGUACCUCUAGCUCAGGAGUGCUCAAACUUGGUCCCGAAGGGCCGGUGUCUUGGCUAGUUUAGCUCCAAUUUCCUUCAACACACCUGCCUUAACGUGUCUGGUAUACUUAUUCAGAACUUGAUUAGCUUGUUUAGGUCUGUCUAACCUGGAACUAGGGUUGUCACAAUACUGGAAUUCGAUUGGUACCGAAUUCCAACAUCGUGACAACCAGGGGCGGACUGGCCAUAGGGAGCACUGGGUGGCCUGACAGUCAAUCUGGCCUGCCACUGUGACUUUUCACUUACCGAUCAGCCCACACCAACCACCUCCACCAUACUCCCCGGGUCACUUACCGAUCACACCUCAUGUGACCGGAGCCAUAUUAUGAAAUUGCUGUCCCAGUCCGGCCUUGGUCACAACCCUUGUUGUAACUAAACUUUGCAGGUCACUAGUCCUCCAAGGCUCGUGUUUGGGCACCCCUGCUUUAGCUGAAUGUGAUCAAACUACACGAACAAGCCUAUCAAUGCAAUAUUUUUUACACUUCUUGAUUUUGUUUUUGCCUUAUGAUACAUGUAGUGCCUUUUAACCUUAAAGAUUCACCCAAAAAUGAAAAUUUGCUCACUCUUUUAGACCAUCCAAGGUGUUUCGUGAACAUACUGAUCAUUUUGCUUCAGAAGAUCUCAAUGUAUUGUCAGGAUCCAAGGGUAUUUAUUUAGUUUUGCUUGUCUUUUUGUUUGGUUUUUACUCUGAGUGCUGUUGACUUGUUUUAUGUUUAACUAAAGAAUAAAAGUACAUCCUAGAUGUCCUGAGAGUGAGUAAAUAAACAGCAAAUCUCCAUUUUUGGGUGAACUAUGCCUUUAAUACUAGCCAUAUGAGACAGUGGGAGAUUAGUAAUGUGUCUAAUAUUAUUAACAGUCCAAUCACAAUGCCAGUAUUGAUUCGUUUGUUUUAUUCAUGUCAAGAUGAAUAACUUUAACUUGAAGCUUUGUGGUCAAAGGCCAUAGUUUUUCAAAUCUUUUGUAACUUCUAAUACCAUGUGCCAAUACUUUCACUUAUUUUUAUUGUGACACUGUGGUAAAGCACUUUGUCAGCAUUCGUUGUUUAGAGUCAAGGGUAAAAACUCACAUUAUGGACAUUUGAAAACAGCUCCGUGUUUUUGCUUUGGAAUAAUGGGAGAAGCUGGUGUCAUUCUGAAAAUGCUGAUUUCUAAUAAACUGCAUUAGUUGUG